CGGGCUUAUUCAAAUGAAAUUGAAGUUGAAGGCUUCUACUGAAAUCUCUCUUCCAAAACCCACAUCCAUUUUUAAGGGUUUUAGCUUCCAAAAGCCUCCUAACAUUUUGAAGGAUACCAAAACAGAGGUUUCUUGCGUUUCAGAGGCUGUGUUUUUUCAGACGGAAGUGUGCUGGUUUGGAGGCUUCGGUUCGAGUCUCUGGGCCAGAUGUUACCUGAAAAAUGGCGAAGCGGCAUGUUUCUGAUCCUUGUUUUCAUGCUUUGCAAUACAUCAGGUGCAUUUGUUGGGAUGAACGUCGGCACUGAUUUGUCCAAUCCACCAUCGGCGGCAGAUGUGGUGAAAAUCCUGAAAGCCCAGCAGAUCACCCACAUCCGCCUCUUCAAUGCGGAUCAUAAGAUGCUAAGUGCUCUUGCAAAAACUGGAAUUGAGGUGAUGGUAAGCAUCACCAACGAAGAGCUUCUGGGCAUUGGAGAAUCCCGAUCGACUGCAGCAGAUUGGGUCAACCGGAAUGUUGCAGCAUUUGUGCCAGCGACCAAUAUCACGGCCAUUGCUGUUGGCAGUGAGGUCCUGACCACGAUACCAAAUGCCUAUGCGGUACUGGUUCCUGCCAUGUGGUACAUUCAUUCUGCUCUUGUGGCUUCUAACCUCAACUUUCUUGUGAAAAUUUCGACCCCUCAAUCUAUGGAUGUGAUGCCUAAACCGUUCCCGCCAUCCACGGCCAUUUUCAAUUCCACAUGGAAUAAUGUCAUGUGGCAGCUUCUCCAGUUUUUGAAGAAAACCGAUUCCUAUUUCAUGUUGAAUGCCCAUCCUUAUUAUGGUUACACCAGCGGGAAUGGUAUUUUCCCACUCGAUUAUGCGCUUUCCCGUGCACUCCCUCGAAACAAGCAGAUUGUCGACCCCAACACUCUUUUGCAUUACACUAGCAUGUUUGAAGCCAUGGUUGAUGCUGCUUACUACUCCAUGGAAGCACUUAAUGUCUCUGGGAUUCCGGUCCUUGUGACGGAAACCGGCUGGCCCUGGCUCGGCGGGACCAAUGAAUCUGAUGCCACGGUUGACAAUGCGGUGGUCUACAACAACAACCUGAUCCGCCAUGUCCUCAAUGGUUCAGGUACCCCUAGCCAACCUGCUAUGCCAGUCAGUGCAUACAUCUAUGAGCUGUUCAAUGAGGAUCUGCGGCCGGGGCCCACGUCUGAGAAGAACUGGGGUGUUUUCUUUCCAAAUGGGACAACUGUGUAUUCCUUGAGCUUGAGUGGCGCAUCUCAGAUCGGGGGGAACUCGUCAGGGGUUGGGGCAUUUUGCGUGGCCAAGAAUGGGGUGGACUCCAGUGCUCUGUUGGCGGGUUUGAAUUGGGCUUGUGGGCCUGGGUCAGCAAACUGCACUCCCAUCCAAGCGGGUCAGCCAUGUUAUGAGCCGAACACUGCUGAGAACCAUGCUUCCUAUGCCUUCAAUGACUAUUUCCACAGAACACGGUCAUCUGGUGGGACCUGUGACUUUGGUGGUUCAGCCAUGAUAAGCUCCAUCGAUCCGAGAAGGUAUGUUUUCCCAACUCAUUUCUCGCAUUUUGAUCUGUCUGCUGCCAGCUCCAACCUUCUAACUAUAAUCUUCCAACAGCUUGAGGUCGAACGCAAGCUUAAUGACUCCAGCAUUUGGGCCUGCAGGCCUUGACAGCAAUGCUUUGAUAGAGCGGCCUUCCAUUCUUGUUCUUCUAAUUCCGGCGAUCUUGCUUGCUAUUGUUUGGUUUGACAAGCACUUGUAAUUUUGCACCAAGGUGCAGUUGUUGGCAGAAGCUGUUGAGGAUGCAAUGAGUAAAGAGUUUGAAAUAUGCGAGAGAUCUACCCCGUGCGACUCCCGUUGAUUUUUUUUUUUCCUUUUCUUUUUUUGGCUGUUUGUUAGUAGCUGAUUGCAUUUUUAUUCAGUUAUUUCUUCCUUCUGUAUCAGAUUCACUUGUAAUUGUGCAUACUUUUGCUUGUUCUUGUUAUGAAAUGACUUUCAACUCC